AUGCCGAUCGGCAUUCAGCGGCUGAAUGCGAAACGUUCGCAUCCAAACGACCGCAUCAUCUUCAUCAAGCCUCUGGAAGGUCGCGAUGAAAAGAUCGCCCAGGAUUUUCUCGAAAGAAUUGCUGCACAAUGUCUACCCAUCAUGAAGGAGCACCACCUUUCGGUGAUGUCUCUAGAACAGUACGAAUUCAACAGGGAAUUUGUCGGCAGAAACUUCAACGCCGGUGAAAUCAUUCAGCUAGUGCUCAAGUCGCAAUCAGGACGAUGGCUGCCAUUUGAGUACGUCCAGAUGGUGAUGAUGCACGAGCUUGCACACUGCAAGCAAAUGAAUCAUUCCAGGGCAUUCUGGGCCGUUAGGAACAACUAUGCCGAGCAAAUGCGAGGGCUUUGGCAGCGAGGAUACUCUGGCGAAGGCCUCUGGGGUCGUGGUGCCCUGCUGGGAACAGGACAGUUCCAGAACAACGUCGCACUUCCCUCUGAACCGCUGCCGGAACACCUGUGUGGCGGCACAUAUCGAUCCCGUGGACGCAAGAGGAAGGUCAAGCCAAAGUUGUCCUACAAGGAGCAAAAGGAGCGCCGAAUCCUCAAGAAAUUUGGCGCCAACGGCACGGCUCUGGGCGCCGACGAGGAGACCAAGGUCAAGCUGGAAUGCGGCAAGCGCACGCAAGCGAAGCCUCGCGUGGCUGGGAGUGCUCGUGGGCGUGAACUGAGAGCCGCAGCGGCGCUCGCACGAUUCGACCAGCCGAAAAAGGAGCCCGAAGAAGACAUCAAGAGUGAGGUCAAGGACGAGGACAGCGGCGAAAGCGAGUACGAGGAUGAUCCGGCGGACAUCAAGAACGAAGACGCCAUCGAUAUCGAUGGCAAGGUGAUCAAGGAUGGUAAGGGCAGGGGCAUGAUCAAGGUCUGCGAAGACGAGAACCCCGAUGACCAGGACGCUCAGAAUGAGCUACAGGAGUUACAGGCGUCGGUGAAGCAAUGGCGACAGACGCAUCUCAAGUUCAAGCGCGAGCCCGUGGACGAAGCUGAGGCUGCAACUGUGCCACCGCAAAAUCGAGUAGCAAAGUCAUCACAGAAGGAAGUUCCGACGAUCCGGGAACCAAAGCAAGAAGUUCUUCCUCGAGUCAAGGUCAAGGAGGAGCCGGAUGACGAUCAGGAGGCGCCAAUUUUAGAUAUCGCGAGCGCAACCUCCACAAUCAAGAGAGAAGCGCGAGACGGACCCUGGUCAAUAGCGACCCGUCAUCCGAUCGCGCCGCCAUCGGCCGAGAGGGUGACGGCGACGGCAACGGAGUCAGCGACGAUGCCAGCGCCAAAUUCUAAUAGAGCUGCGGCCGCAACGACGACGGCCGAAGAGAGACAAGAAAGUGAGGCCGAGUCCAUCUGUGGAGUCUGCUCGUUUGCCAACUGUGCCCUGUCGAUAACGUGCGCCGUCUGCUCCCACGUGCUGGACCCGGCAAGCGUGCCGAACGCCUGGCGCUGCGAGGGCGCCGCGUGCCAGGGGAGCCAGUAUCUCAACCCCGGCGACUUUGGAGUGUGCGGUGUCUGUGGGCAGAGCAAGCGAAAAAAGCAAGGCUGA